UUGGCCUGAGCCUGAGCCUGAACCACACCGCUCGGCGGGAUAACAACCGGCGAUUAUCCGGCUUCACACUGUUCCUGUCACAAGCUGAAGGCUCUGGACCAGGUCUAAUGACGCUAUUGAAAGAAUAGCAACUUCUAAUAUUUCUUCCUCAACUGAUACAUCUAAAACCAAAAUCAAGGUAACAACUAGCUUUUCCCACAACCAAAAAGAGUGAAAAUAGUUUUAAAAAAAUACUUGUGACUGGAACAUUCUUUACAGCAGAAUACUUGAUAUCAUCAUCAUCAUCAUCAUCAUCAUAACUAUAGAAAUUAUGAUGCAAUUUCAUCAAGCUUUGCCUAAAGUUGAACUCCAUGCUCAUCUCAACACCUGCAUCAGCAGCACAACAAUAGAAAAGCUGAUGCUGCAGAAACCACAUCUCAACAUUCAGCAUAACAUGACCAUGAUCAGGAAAGGCCAAACAAGAACUUUAGAAGAAUGCUUUGACAUGUUUAAAAUAAUUCAUCAAUUAACUGACAGCGUGGAACAUAUCUUCAUGGUGACAAAAGAUGUUAUUAAAGAAUUUGCAGCUGAUGGUGUAAAAUAUCUUGAACUGCGAAGUACACCACGAGACGGAAACACUACAGGGAUGAGCAAGAAGUCAUAUGUUGAGGCUAUACUUGAAGCCAUAAAGCAAUGCAGACAAGAAAAUAUGGACAUUGAUGUAAGAUUUCUAUUAUCCAUCGAUAGAAGAGGUGGACCUACUGUUGCCAUGGAGACUGUGAAACUUGCGGAAGAAUUCUUUACAUCCUCUGAUGGGCUAGUAGUUGGUCUGGAUCUAAGUGGAGAUCCAGAGGUAGGACAUGCUAAGAGUUUUAUUGAUCCACUCAAUGCAGCAAGAAACAUUGGUCUUAAGCUUGCUGUGCACAUGGCUGAGGUCCAAAAUAAAAAUGAAGAAUGGGAAUUGUUUCUUGGUCUUCCGCCAGACAGAAUAGGCCAUGGCACAUUCCUUCAUCCUGAAGCUGGAGGUUCAGACCAGCUGGUCAACAUUAUUAAGAAACAUCAAAUACCCAUUGAGCUUUGCUUAACAUCAAAUGUCAAGGGUCAAACUGUCUCAUCAUACAAUUGCCACCAUUUUCAAUACUGGUACAAUCAUGGACACCCGUGUGUGCUUUGCACCGAUGGCAAAGGUGUUUUUGCCAGCAAUUUGUCACAGGAGUAUCAGAUUGCGGAGUCAGCUUUCAACCUGUCUAAAGCUCAGCUAUGGGACCUGUCUUUUCGGAGCAUUAAUUACAUCUUUGCUCCAGAAAGUGUAAAAUCUCACUUGAGAAGUCAAUGGAAUGACCUGAAACCAGGACUAUUCAACGAAGUACUGCACAAGUAACCCUUCCCCAUGAGAGUUGCCCUUUUUGUCUUUUACAUCACUGAUUACAGAUGAGUUUAGCUGAUGCAUCGCUCCUUCAAACCCAGAAAUAAAAUUUACAGAAUAAGUUCCUUCUUAUACAUUUUAGAGAGAGCACAAUAUUAAUGGAAAACAAUUCCUGCUAUAAACUGUUAUAUUCUUUUAUGACAAAGCAAAACAUGUUGAUAAAUGUUUUAAAUAUUGCUAAAGUAAAUGUUGUUGAACAUUUUGGAAAUGCUUUUUGCUGAGUCAAAAAUGUAACUGAAUACUUUAAAAACACCAAUAAUUUAUCUGUGCUCUCUAUCUGUGCAGAUAUUAACGAGGCACUUCCUGCUUUUCAUCUAUAUUUAGGUGCGAUAUCGCUUCGGGAGCAAAAAUUAUGCUUUCUUAAAAACACAUUAAACUCAGCACAGUUUGCUGCUUCCGCAUAAUUAACUCAACAACAUCAAUUCUCCCUACGAACAGAAACUUUCUUUUAGACCCAUUCCCAGGAAUUGGCAGUAAAUGGAUAUUUAUCGGCCAUCCCCAAAUGAAUUGGCAGUCAUCUGCCUUCAUAAACUGCUGCAGACAGGAUUGCAAUUCCGCGUUGUCUCUUGACUGAACAGUAAAUGCUUUCAUUGUUACCAA